GGUGAGUCAUGUGGUUCCAGAGCCCGCGAUCUUAGUUGCUGUGCCGUACUGCCUCUAAGAGAGCAGGGCCCUGAGGCCCAGGGAGGGGACGGGCUGGCCCAGUCACUGGGCUAGGUGGCAGGGAUGGGGGCCCAGACUCUUAUCUCUAGCCUCUGGCUCUCCCCUCGCCCCGAGUCCCCUCCUUCCAGCUCCUCUCUCCCCACCUAGCCUCACUUGGCCCUCCCCAGAGUUAACAGUCGCUGGGCCUCCCCUCAGCUGGCAGCUCCAACCCAAAGAGGCUGCACCCACAUUCCCUGGCUGCUCUCCAACCCACAGGAGCUGAGAAAACAAAGUCCAGUGACUGCGAGGACCGAGCAGAGGCUGCUGAAGGGGAGGAAGCAGCGAGAAGCCACCAAGCGGAGGCCACUGUCAGCUCCCAGAUGCUGGACCUCCUGGAGAGCACGACCCUCGUGGGCUUGAUCAUAGGCACUGCGGCCUUUCUACUGCUGUUGCUGCUGCUGGCCGCCUGCUUGUACUCCAGACAGGAGGAACCUGACAUGGAAAGGAACCGCCCCGCCGCAAGGAGAAACCGGAUCAGGUGGGCCCAGCCUUGGAUCUCGGGCCGGGGCCACCUGGGACACUUGCACCAUUUCCGUCAUGCUGGCCAUAUGUCUCACAUGCCCCAUGCGAACCUCCACCACCACCACCUCGCCCAUCACCACGCCCACCAUCAUGCCGCCCACCACGCCGCCCGUGCCCACCGAGGCCAUCACUGAUGCCCAUGCAGGGCAGCCGCUGCCUGCCCUGCCAUCACCAGAUGAGUGGACCUGCCGACGUUCCUGUGCAGAAGGGCACCUCCCUGCAGUGAACACCAGGCCCUGCUUGGGCUUCGUCUACCCACUCGCCCAGCGCACUGUGGUGGAGAACUGAGGAGCGCCAGGGCUGGCCCUGCACACACAGGAGGGUGACGGGGCUGAGCGCAGCGGGUGCUGGUGGUCCUCUGGGGGCAGACACCAGCUUGUGACCUUAACUCCCAAAGGGCACCAGAAUGGACAGCCAGUCCGGUCGGUGUAGGCGUGCUGGUGUGUGCAGAUGUGCAGGUGUACCCUGCUCUCUCUCAAUGACAGGGCCUCUGGCUGGCAAGGUAGCUGGGAGGGGCCCUGGCAAUGUCCCUUUGUUUGAAGGAGGUCUUGAGGCUGCACAGUCAAUUCAGUGGUAUCUUAAUCCAAGAAAAUAAAAACCAUUAAGAAGCU